AUGCAUUUCUCCAGCCUCCUCGUCGCCUCGGCCCUUUGCCUGACCCCAGCCGUUUACGGCUACGGCGUGGCACAAGUCACAGUGAAGUCCCACGAAGAUUGCGACCCUGGCGCUCCCGCCAAUGACAAGCUUAUUGGAGAUGCCGAAACCACCUACGCCACCGAAGAUACUUGCGAAAAGGCCAAGAUCUCGCACAGCCUGGCAAUCGAUGCUUACUCGGUGAGCCUCCAAGAUGUCACCAAGGAUACCUCCGAGCGUUGCCAUGGUCUGGGUGUCUAUGCCAAUGACCAGUGCAUUGGCGUGCCCAACGCAGUGGUUCCUUUCUACCCAGGACAGGAGGAUGCCGAGAGCGAGUGCAUCCCGGAUGACCCGUUCGACAAAUACGUCUACGUCCGGCUGCUGUGCGAUGGGGGUGACGGUAACAAGGAUGACCUGAAGAAGGUGGAAUCGCACAACCCUGCCGAAGACCUCGCCAACGACCCCAACGAUACCCAGGACAAUGGCGGCGGCAACAUCCUCGGCGGACUUGGCCUCGGUCUGUAG